AUGCCCUGGAUCGAAGAGUGGGGGACGGCCACGCUCGCGAUCGCGCUGCAUCGGCGACGAUCGCCGGACGAUGCGCUUUGCCCCGCCGACUUUGUCUACCCAGACGAGCACGUCGUGCUGGUGCUGCGCGUCGAGCCGCCGACGAGCGAUAGCCCGCUGCUGUCGCUGGACCAAUGGCACACAUACAAGGCCAGCGUCGUGUCGACCUUGAGCAUCGUCGACGCUGCUUCGACGCUCUUUGAGACAUCGUGCGACUUUGUGCCCUCGCCCGACCCGGCGGCGCUCGUGCUCCAUGCGCCGGUGGCCUUGCGCGCGUCUUGGACCGAGGGCGCGAGCCUGCGCCUGAGCGUCCAGCUGCAGCAAAGCGUCGGGCACUUUCGCCGCAUCGAGACGCAGCGCGUCAAGAAGCUCGAGUCGCUCCUCCAUGGCGCGCUGCCGCAGUACAUGUUUUGGCCCGAGACGCUGCCGUCGUCGCACUUGUCGCGGCAGGUGACGGCGCAAAUCGCCCUGGGACGCAGCGUCGGUUUUUCGCACUCGAUCUACCAAAUCGGGUCCAAGCACUGCGUCGUCUUGCGCUUUGAGCAUCCGCCAAAUGCGCCUUGCGACCUCGUGCUGCACGACGUGUGCCUGCACGUGGAGCCGAGCGGAUAUCUUGUGGACGAGAGCGAUGCGCACGCGUUUCCCGUCGUCCUGCGCCCGGGCGAGCACUGGCACGUCGUCCUGUAUCUUAGCUUCCAGCUCGAGACCAGUCGUGGGUCGCGGCCUUCUGCCACGGGCGCACGCGUCACGUAUACGUGGUCGACCUUUGCCGAGAUGGCGCCUCUGACGCAGUCGGCGGACAUUGAACUCCCCUCGCUGCCAGAGACGCCAUCGCUGGCAUUGCGCCAGCAAUGGCUUGGCGUCGAGGUUUCUGCGCGUUUGGAUGCGGCCCCACUGCGCGCGGGGGAGGUGUCCCCGGUCGUCCUGUGCGUCACCAAUCAAUCCGCCGCCGAGAUGGCGCUGAGUCUCCUCGUUCUUUCGCCGGCGUAUGCAGCCCUCGACGUGGCGCCGUUGCAUGGCGACGUCAAGUACCUUGCGCUGGCGUCGCAGGCAUGCAGCGCGCCACCCGCGUGGACAACGCCGAACGCUACGCUACGCAUCGGCAUGCUUGCGCCAGGCGCCACGACCAAGGCGACGCUGGACGUCACGGUUAUCGACGCUGGCGCCAUCACCGUCGACAACCUCGUGCUCAUCGACCACGCAACCGAGACGUUGUACCGUCCGUGGACCCCAUGGACGCUCGUUGCCAGCUAA